CCCCACUUGGCGACAUGGCGGCCGACGUGCCGUCACGGAGCUUCCUCGGGUCUCCCGUGGCUCCGGUGGAGGAGACACCUCUCGCCUUUCCGCCCCGCCUCCCUCUGCGCACCCCUCGCGGCUGGCCGGCUGGAGGCUGGCGGCCCGCGACCGCGGAGCAUAGAGCACUGGCGGCUAGAGAGGAAGCGCAGAGCGCGGACAACCAUAGAGUACGAGUCCGGACACCAGCCGGAUGGUCGAUCGCACUCCUCAACGGUCCACUCACAAUCCUCGGGCGGCUGAGCCGAGGCGGAAGCGGAAGUGAGGGAGAAAAGCAGGAAGGCUCCGCUGUUCGCAUGCGCAGGCUAUAGUGUUUACUUCCGCUUGACCUGGCCCGGACGCCAGAAAAUGUUCCACGUGGGAUACCCUGCAUGGGGUUCACUGUAGUAGCUACACUUGGGUCUGAAGCGGCGACGCGAAAGCACUUACCGGCGGGGAACCGCCGUGGCCUGUCUGACUCCUCUCCGCAGCUGUGGCCCGAACCGGAUUUCAGGAAUCCGCCAAAGAAGGCGUCUAAGUCCAACUUAGACUUUAAGCGUUACGUAACCGAUCGGAGAUUGGCUGAGACCCUGGCGCAAAUCGUAUGGGGAAAACCAAAUAGACCUCCACACCUACUGCUGGAGUGCAAUCCAGGUCCUGGAAUCCUGACUCAGGCAUUACUUGAAGCUGGUGCCAAAGUGGUUGCCCUCGAAAGUGACAAAACUUUUAUUCCACAUUUGGAGUCCUUAGGAAGAAAUCUGGAUGGAAAACUACGAGUGAUUCACUGUGACUUCUUUAAAAUAGAUCCCAGAAGUGGUGGAGUAAUAAAACCACCCGCCAUGUCUUCUCGAGGGCUCUUUAAGAAUUUGGGAAUAGAAGCAGUUCCUUGGACAGCAGACAUCCCUUUGAAAGUAAUUGGAAUGUUCCCAAGUAGAGGUGAGAAAAGGGCACUUUGGAAACUCGCAUAUGACUUGUAUUCCUGUACUUCUAUAUAUAAAUUUGGACGAAUAGAAGUAAAUAUGUUUAUUGGUGAAAAAGAAUUCCAGAAACUAAUGGCAGAUCCCCGAAAUCCAGACUUGUAUCAUGUAUUAAGUGUUAUCUGGCAAGUAGCUUGUGAGAUUAAGGUUCUGCACAUGGAGCCUUGGUCAUCAUUUGAUGUAUACACCCGAAAAGGGCGGCUGGAAAACCCAAAGCGUAGGGAAUUAUUAGACCUAUUACAACAAAAGCUGUAUCUUAUUCAAAUGACUCCUCGUGAAAAUUUAUUUGCCAAGAGCUUAACACCUAUGAACUAUAAUAUAUUUUUUCACUUGUUAAAGCACUGUUUUGGGAGGCGCAGUGCCACUGUGAUAGACCACUUACGUUCAUUGACUCCACUUGAUGCGAGGGACAUCUUGAUGCAAAUAGGAAAAAAGGAAGAUGAGAAGGUAGUUAACAUGUACCCUCAAGACUUCAAAACACUUUUUGAAACUAUAGAGUGUUCCAAAGAUUGUGCUUAUAAAUGGCUAUAUGAUGAAACCCUGGAAGAUAGGUAGCAACCAGACUGUCGUUUUUGGUGGGGCGGUUUAUUUAUUUGGAAACUGACAUGAAAACCAAAUGUGAAAGCUCACAUCCUCUCAGCAGAAGAUAACUGUUCUUGUUUUGCACAAGCCAGGCAGAUCGUUUCUCCUAAGUUGAUAUCAUUGGCUUAUUGGAUGAAACAGUGGCUGCUAUUUUAUUCACAAUUGAAUAAAAUGAAAACUUCAAUUAAUUGUGGAUUUGAUAAGAUGGAAUUCGUUUUGUUUCAGAUUCCUAUUUAAAUAUUUCACUUUUACUGCUGCUGAUUUUUGCAUCAUCUUGAAGAGCAAGAGUCUGUACAUUACUAAGCUUAGAAAGUAAGCAAAACCAAUGUACUGAUUUGCCUUUCAGUUCGUUGAAAUGUAUCGUCAAGUACUGUACAAUGAAAUUGUUUAAAUUUUAAUAUGAUUUAAGCUUUUUUAGAAAUUAAAAUAUUUUAAAUAAUAA